UGCCUGAGGCUACCUUUCCACCUUUGGCAACCGUCCAACGCGGCAACAAGAGUCGCCAUUCCUUCCGUCCCGAAAUUCUCAGCACACGCCAAUCGAGACACGGAAAUGGCCGAGCGCCCAAGCUGAACCCCCCAAGGCGAGCGAGAAACCCACUUCUAGAAGCUUCUAGAUCUCCUUAAAGGAGGCGGGGAGGGGAGCAAGCCCUGGGCCCUGGGAGUAGGGUUUCUCUCGGCUGAUGGCGUCCGCCAAGUCGUCGAGGUCGCGGCCCGCCGGCCACUCCGGUGUGUUCCCGGUGAACGCGGCGGUCGGCGCGGGGGGCAGCGACGGCGGGGUGCAGCUGGCGGACAAGCUCAAGAUUUUCAAGACCGACAACUUCGACCCAGACGCCUACGUGCAGUCCAAGUGCCGCACCAUGGACGAGAAGGAAAUAAGACGCCUGUGUUCUUAUCUGCAAGAUCUAAAGAAGGCUUCUGCUGAAGAGAUGCGCAGAAGUGUUUAUGCAAAUUAUGCUGCAUUCAUCAGAACAUCAAAGGAGAUAUCAGACCUUGAAGGGGAGCUGUUAUCUGUUAGAAAUUUGCUAAGUACACAAUCAGCUUUAAUUCAUGGUCUAUCCGAAGGAGUUCAGAUAGAUUCGUUGAGUACAGGGCUUGAAGGUUCUGCUGAGCAAGACAUAUCCAGUGUUGAAGAUCAGGAACCAUCAGAAAUAUGGAAAUGGUCUACAGAUUUCCCUGACAUGCUUGAUGUUUUGCUAGCCGAAAGAAGAGUCGAUGAAGCACUGGAUGCCCUGGAUGAAGCAGAACAAAUUGCUGCUGAUGCUAAAAAGAAGGGGACUCUUAGUACGGCUGACAUUCUGGCUUUAAAGAGGGCUAUAUCUGAAAAUCGUCAGAAAUUGGCCGAUCAGCUAGCUGAAGCUGCUUGCCAGUCUUCUACUUGUGGUGUUGAGCUUCGCGCUGCAGCUUCUGCCCUCAAGAGGCUUGGUGAUGGACCUCGUGCUCAUAGUUUGUUACUCAGCGCACACAAUCAAAGGCUUCAAUUAAACAUGCAAACAAUACAACCAUCUAGCACAUCAUAUGGUGGGGCAUACACUGCUUCUCUUGCACAGCAAGUUUUUCGUGUUUUAGCUCAGGCUCUCAGCGACUCUGCCGAGGUCUUUGGUGACGAACCAGCAUACAUGUCUGAAUUGGUUACUUGGGCUACUAAGCAGGCGAUGUCAUUUUCGCUGCUUGUAAAGAGGCAUGCUUUAGCCUCUUGUGCUGCUGGUGGGGGCUUAAGAGCUGCUGCAGAAUGUGUGAAGAUAGCACUUGGUUAUUCAGAGUUGCUGGAAGCUCGUGGUCUAUCACUUUCAGCAGUUCUAAUGAAGCAAUUCAGACCCUCUGUUGAGCAAGCAUUGGAUUCCAAUUUGAGGAGAAUUGAAGAGAGUACUGCUGCUUUAGCUGCAGCUGAUGACUGGGUACUCACCUAUCCUCCAACUGGUAUACGUCCAUCUUCUAGAUCAUCUGCUGGUAGUCUGGCACUCCAGCCGAAGCUCUCAAGCAGUGCUCACCGUUUCAAUUCAAUGGUUCAGGAUUUCUUUGAGGAUGUUGGACCACUGAUUAGCUUACAGCUAGGUGGUUCUGCGAUGGAUGGGCUUCUGAAAAUAUUUGACUCGUAUGUAAACUUGCUCAUAAGCGGUCUUCCAGGGUCAGUGGAUGAUGAAGUUAACUUGGAAGGUUUAGGGAAUAAGAUUGUUAGAAUGGCAGAGACGGAGGAGCAGCAGUUAGCAUUGCUUGCUAAUGCAUCUUUACUAGCUGAAGAGUUGCUACCCAGAGCAGCUAUGAAGCUGUACUCUAUGAACCCAGUCAGAGGUCCUGACAGACAAAAUCGUGCGGCCGAGCAACGAGAAUGGAAAAGGAAGCUGCACCGCACGGUAGACAAACUUAGAGAUAGUUUCUGCAGACAGCAUGCUCUAGAUCUUAUAUUCACAGAUGAUGGUGGCUCCCAUCUGAGUGCAGACUUGUACAUAAAUAUGGAUAAUACUGUUGAAGAUCCAGAAUGGGUUCCGUCUCUGAUUUUCCAGGAAUUAUAUGGAAAAUUGAAUAAGAUGGCAAGCAUUGCAGCAGACAUGUUUGUGGGUAGGGAAAGGUUUGCUACAUUGCUUAUGAUGCGACUUACGGAGACAGUCAUGCUUUGGCUCUCAGAAGACCAGAGCUUUUGGGAAGAGAUCGAAGAGGGACCAAGGGCUUUGGGUCCACUUGGACUUCAGCAGUUCUACCUGGAUAUGCAAUUUGUCAUCCUUUUUGGGCAAGGGCGUUUCUUGUCUCGGCAUGUGCAUCAAGUCAUAUUGAACAUCAUUGAUAGGGCGAUGGCAGCAUUUUCUGCUACUGGGAUGGACCCUGAUAGGGUCCUUCCAAGCGACGACUGGUUCAUCGACGUUGCCCAGGAGACUAUCAGUAGGAUCAGCGGGAAGUCACGAGUUGCCAAUGGGGAGAGGGAGGUGAACAGCCCGACGGCUUCCGUUUCUGCACAAUCUGUGUCGUCGGCUAGAUCUCACAGCAGCUCCUAGUGUGCAGGUUAGAGAUGCAAGUCCUUGUACAAAUAUUGUAGUGUAUUUGUUCCCUUAAUUUUUAUUUUCUCUGUACUCCUUAGCGUUGCUUGGAUAUGUUUGUGCUGGUAUAUAUAUGUGAGUGAUUCUUUGCCUAGGAAAAUAAAAUCCUUGAACCAUUCUUUCAAAUCUGAGUUUGUAUCUGGUGAUCA